UUCAGCAGCCUGGCAGGUCUACAAGCCCCAGGCUGCUUAUAGUGAGAGUCCAGAAUGAGCUGGGCUGCUUAAAGGCGCGAGACAUAGUCAAGAUGUAAAAGUCUCCACAAUUUGGACCAUUCCAAGUAUCUGGCCAUCUGCAGAGAGCUGCAUCCCUGCCAUGGACGAGUGCGGGUGUCAGGAGGAGACUCCCUCGGCAUCCUGUGCAGAAGGCUACUACCCAGUGAGGAAAGGAGAGACAUUCAACGGACGAUACCACGUGGUGCAGAAUCUGGGGCGUGGCUACUUUUCAACAGUCUGGCUUUGUCAAGAUGUGGAGAAGAAGAGGUGUGUGGCAGUGAAGGUGCCCAAGGGAGGGGAGGAUUUUGCCGAGGCAGCCCUGGACGAAGUCACGCUCCUUCGCUAUGUGAACAGCAAGAGGAGGAAAGAUCGUGCCGGUGAUCACGUCAUCCGAUUCCUGGAUGAUUUCAAAAUGAUUGGAGAGAACGGCUUCCAUGUGUGCUUAGUGUCUGAGCUGCUUGGACCCUCACUGCAGUCCUUGCUGAACAGCCAGGGUGCCCAGGGCCUUCCAUUACCCUUUGUGAAGAAAGCUACACAGCAGGUACUCCAAGGCCUGCAUUUCCUGCACAAGGGAUGUCGCAUCAUCCAUGCAGACAUCAAACCGGAGAACAUCCUGCUUUAUGUCACAGAAGAGAGUCUGCAGACCCUUCUUCACAACAUGGUUUCCUUGGAGCAAAGUGCAGGAGUCAAGCCAAAGAGACCAGGGGCUGACAUGUCUGCUCUCUUGGAUUGUUGCAACCUAAUGAAAAUGGGAGUGAAAAUCGCAGACCUGGGAAGCGCAUGCUGGACUUACAAGCCUUUCUCAAAAAAGAUCCAGACUCAGCCCUACAGAGCUCUGGAGGUCCUUCUCGGGUUAGACUACAGCACCCCAGCUGACAUCUGGAGCGCAGCGUGCUUGGCUUUUGAACUGGCAACUGGAGAGCGUCUCUUUGAUCCCCAGGCUGGACAGUACUUUUCCAGAGAUGACGAUCAUGUGGCUCGUAUAAUCGAACUCCUGGGCAGAAUUCCACCCAAAAUUGCUUUGCACUGGAAGCAGGCAUCAUGUUUCUUCAGCAGGAAAGGUGCUCUCCUGAGGAUGUCCUGGAUCUCCUCCUAUGACCUCUACCAUGUCCUCACGGAUAAAUACAGCUGGCCAAAGCAUCAGGCAGCCCCUAUGGCCAGUUUUCUCCUGCCAAUGCUGGAGUAUGCCCCAGAAAGAAGGGCAGCGGCUGAGAAAUGCCUUCAGCAUCCCUGGCUCAGUACCUAGGAACCAGC